AUGGCCGCGCGGCGGCAGCGGAAGCUGCUGGGAUUCGGGCCUCGCUGGCAGAGCGCUGAUCCCACGGAGUCGCUGACGCGAGCGCAUGAGGUGGAGCAAGCCUUGCAGAACUUGAAGGAGGUCUGCCAGCAGCAGAAGGUCCAGCGGCACGGGCAGGCGGAGUGCGCUGCGGAGCUCGGCGAGGCGAUUCGCCUCACCAGGCGCCGGGGCCAAGCCGUGGAGUCCUUCGGCCGCCGCGAGGACGGCCAGUGGCUCUUGGAGUUGGAGGAGGCGCUCUACCUGGCCGAGCGCGGCAGCCUGGAAGCCCAAGCCCUGGAAGCCGAGGCGUCUUCGGAGCCCGCAGGCAAGCGCCGCCGCUUGAGCGUGCCAGAGUUGUACCGCCGCGUGGCGGAGGACCCGCAGCUGGACUUGGAUGCCUACCUAGUGUACUCGCAUUUGAGGAGAUCUGGCUACCGGGUUACUCGUCCGGCAGAAGGGCCUGUGAAGUCAUGGGACCUGGGAGGCUGCCCUGCGAAGGUUCACGUGGUCCGGCCCGAUGAGUGCGUGCUGGCAAGCCUCCGGGCAGCAGGGGCCACGGCUUCAACGUCUCUUGAGGAGCCGCUGGGCGUCGCGGUGGCCAUGUGCGCCAAGGGCAGCCCCUGCUUCCUGGAGCUUGCGAGGCCGCUGCUUCCGGGCGAUCCGGGCGAUCCGGAACCAGGAUGCAGCGCUGAGGAGGCCGCAGCUCCAGCUGUUGCCCCGCCCGCUCCCCCGCCAGAAGAGGAGGCCCAUUUAGCGCCUUCGGCCCGCUACGCCGCGAUGCUACAGCGCGUAGCGAGCCUGGCAGAAGCGGGAGUACCAGGCAGGGCUGCUGGCAAGGCCUCCAUGGAUGCGUGGCUUUGA